AUGAACAUGCAAUAAUUUCCAAAUUAUUACCCUUAUAUAUUAGAACCUUAGGUAACAUUUUAGGGGGAGAUUGAACAACAAAAAUAGAGCUCCAGUUCAAAUUACAAUGAGUUUAACUUCAUUCAUUAGAAUUUUUAUCCUCCUGCAUAUUCUCAUUAUUAAUUCGAGUACGUUCAAGAGAACGAAAUCCCAAGUUAAAUGAAGAAUAAAAAAAGCAAAAAAAAUAAGAAUAACGACUAAAAGGGGUUAUUGCCAAAGACCAUAGAAUCGGAGAAACAAAUUGUUGAAGAUCUGCAAUAAAUAGCUGUCUCACAAUAGUAGGGAGACUAGAUAAUCAAGCCCAUCACUCCUUAUACAGUUCUACACUAUAAGCAGGGGAGUGCAAUGCCCAAACUCCAAUCUGAUUUGGUUUCAAAUUAACAGAACGAAGGGGCAGGAUCAUAGGAAGGUUCUCAAUAAACCCAGAAGCAAAAAGGAUAGAAUCAACAAAUAAAGAAACCGAAGAAGGAGAAUAUGAAUACUGGUCAUUGGUCGACUGAUGAACACUCGACUUAUAUUUAAUUUUUGCAACAAUACGAGAAUAUCAUGGCAUCUUCGAUGAUGAAGAAGACUUCUAAGAUAUUCAAAUAGAUGAGUGAAUUGAUUGGAACCAGGACUCCUAGUUAGUGUCGGAGUCACCAUCAGAAAUUUAACCCUUAUGCGUUGCGAGGGGAAAAUGGGAAACGAUUGCCAAGGACUGAAAGGAGCAGGGCAGGCAGGAAGAAGAAGAACCAAUAAUGUGAUGUGCCUAAGGCAGAGGAAGGAAAUUUGAUUAUGAAUUACGAGGCUGCCGAUCCUUAUUACUACAUGAUGUUGGAACAACAGAAAUACUACUAUGCUGGUUUGCAUCAGGACUACUGGAACCAAGCAUAGGAGGUGGAGUAGAAUCAGAGCAUCAAGAAAGAGGAAGAGCCUGAUCAUUUGAAUCACGGGUAGAUGUAGUAGUCUGAAUUUGAUGAAUAUUUGAAAUAUAGUUCCUAAAGGAAUGGAAACUAGCUGGAUUACAAUUUCGAUGUUAGAAAUCAAGCAGUAAGCGAUUUAUUAAUGUGA